CGUGUUGUCCUUGUGAAGUUUCUGAUAUUGUCAUUGAUAAUAAUAGUUUUAAUCAUGCAUGUAGUGUUUUUUUUUUUUUUUUUUUUUUUUUUUUAAAUUUCAGUCAUAUGUAAGCUAAAGUUGUAGUAUUUCACCCAAAAUAUGCCAUUACGAACGUUACGUUUAGUUGCUAUUUAUGGAGGUAUGUUUGCAAUAGGAUCUGCAGCAUAUUUUCAUCAAAAAAUACAAGGUGGCUUUCGUGAUGCUGAGUACUAUAAGAAGGCCACACAGAUGUUACGCAGGUAUGGACCAGCGGUGGAGCAGUUUGGUCAGCCAAUCACGACUAAAAAUAUAGAUCUUGGUGACACCAAUAGCAACUGUGUCGAUGGCUACAAUGCUAAGAUGUCUAUUCCUGUGAAGGGACCUAAGGGCAAGGGUGUGUUACAUCUGAAUGCAACUCGCAAAGAUUUAUCAACAGCGUGGGAGAUUGAUCGACUGGAUCUAGAGUUUAACCGGCCUGAGCAAAGAUGGACGUUUUACGUCCGCAAAAACAAUGAUGAGCAGACAGACAAUAAUUCAGAUGAACUAGAACCUGGUCUGUCUUGAUAAGAAUUGAGGAUGUUAUAGAUGUGCAAACAGUUUCAAUACACAGAUCUCCUGUGUCUCCAUCCAACUGGCUUGGAUAGUUCAGGACAGUGUACCUGAACCUUAAAGUGGUUAACAGGACAGUGUACUUGAAUAUUAAGUGGUUAUCUGGAGACACUGUAAUGUAGUAACCAAUACAUGGGAUACCACAUACUGUUCGUUAUCAAAAUAUUUCAAUGCCUGUGGAAUGCCUGCUGGGUAAUAAAUUACUAUAUGCAAACUACUGAUUCAAGUUUGACGGACAAGGGCUACCACUAACAUUUAACCCACUGUACUGGACAGAUAGCUGAGGUGUGUGCCCAGGAUAGCAUGCUUGAACUUUAAUUGAAUAUAAGCACGAAAAUAAGUCGGAUAAGAUAAGAUAAGAUAAGGACAAGGGCUGAUAGUAAAGCACAGAUCUAUUCAGGUGGUCUCCCACUCCCCUAUUUGUGGUCAAACAGUAUAUAUCAGAAUACACAAAAAAUGCAAACUUAUCCUGUCCACAUGUCAAGGACCUUUAAAUUCUAUUUUCUAAAACAACAACAGGUUUUGGGCCCUUCUAUUGAAAAAUCUUGAAUCCUCACCCUUUUGUGCUGAGUUCAAAAGCAUUCUUUCAUAUAAUUGGUUAUUUCUCUUUCCAGUCAGUGCUCCACAACUGAUGUAACAAAAGCUGUGGGAUGGUGCAUAUAAAAGAUCCCUUGCUGCUAAUCAAAAAGAGUAGCCCAUGAAGUGG